AUGCCCGGGAGGACCAACCUCUACUCCAAGCCCCGGGACCGCCCCGGGGACACAAUGGAAACCCCCGCCGGCUUCAUCUGGAUCCAGCUCGCCAUCAUGUCCAACGUCUUCCUCUACGGCUUCGACGGAACCAUCACCGCCGCCACCUACGCCGUCAUCAGUUCCGAAUUCGACGCCGCCAACACGGCCUCCUGGCUCACCACCUCCUACCUCGUCACCAGCACCGCCUUCCAGCCCCUCUACGGCCGCUUCUCCGACAUCUUUGGCCGGAGGGUGUGCUUUUUCGUGAGCAGCGUCACGUUUGGCCUCGGCUGCCUCGGGUGCGGUGUCGCUCGGGAUAUCGUGACCCUCAACUGCAUGCGCGCCUUGACUGGCUUCGGUGGUGGAGGCUUGAUGACCAUGGCUACCAUCGUCAACUCUGACAUGAUCCCCUUCAAGCGGCGCGGUAUGUACCAAGCUUUCCAGAACGGCAUGUUUGGCUUCGGCGCCGUGGCCGGCGCGUCCUUCGGCGGCACCAUCGCCGACCACAUCGGCUGGCGCUGGUGUUUCCUCUUACAGGUUCCGCUUUCCAUCUUCGCCCUCGUCCUCGGCUACCUCGUCAUACGAAACCCCGAAGGCGGCUUCGGGCUGGAUCACUCACUCGCUACCGUGUGGAACAGGGUAGACUUUUCCGGUGCCUUCCUGCUAGUUACCGCAGUCUCCGUCCAGUUGAUUGGCCUGAGCCUCGGCGGGAACGAGCUGCCCUGGAGCAGUCCGUGGGUUAUCGGGUCCUUACUCGGCAGUCUUGUCCUCUUAGCCUUGUUUAUCGUCGUGGAGGCGCGCACUUCUGCUAUUCCAGUCAUCCCCCUACGCAUGCUUAAGGGAGCGCUACCUAUUCUUACAGAGAUCUCCAAUGUUUGCGCUGGUGUAGCAGCUUAUGCGUAUCUAUUCAUGCUUCCCCUUUUCUUCCAAGUCGUACUCCUUGACUCCGCUACCAAAGCCGGUGCCCGCCUCGCCAUCCCAUCCCUAGCCACCCCUCUCGGCGGGCUAGUGGCGGAAUCGUCAUUCACAUCUCUCCAAUUCGAGGACUCUCAGUGGAAGUAUCUUCUGUACAUCUUCCCCGCAAACCUUGGCCAGGGAAUCAUCUAUCCAGCUAUUCUCUUCACGACCCUAGCUUCAUUUGAUCAUGCAGACCACGCCGUCUCCGCCUCCACGGUAUACCUCAUUAGAUCCCUCGGCACAGUCUGGGGCGUAGCUAUCACGUCUGCCAUCGUGCAAACUACUCUCAAGACACUGCUACCCGCUGCUCUCGGCGACAUCCCCAAUAAGUGGGAGUUGAUCGAAGAAAUUCGGCACUCGGUGACCGCUCUCAAAGAUCUGCCGCCCGAUGUCCAGCUCUCGGCACGUCUAGUGUAUUAUCAAGGAAUUCGCUAUGCGUUUGCCGCAUCAACAGCAUUUGCUGGAGUCGCUUUGAUUGCCUCCCUGUUUGCCAAUCCCCGCAAACUUCGCAGCACCCAUCAGUAG